UCGUCAGCAAAGAAAGCUUUACUUCAUCAAAUAAACUUCAAAUCAGCUGUCAAACCACAUAGUUUACAAAUUGAUUCGUUAAGGACUAAAUAUAUCCCGUUGAAUCCUUCCAAAAACUAUGGACCAUCAUCUCUAGAACCCGGUUCUAAAAGAGAUAAUUCAUUCAAAGAUAAAAUGAAUGAUCACAAACCCGAAAAGAGUGGCGAAGGACUUCCAAGUCCAAGAGUUGUUUUAUAUCCGGCAGAUAAAAUUGCUUUACAAUGGAGGAAAAUUCACAAAGUGGGAUCAGGAUUGGAGAAUAUGGGCAAUACCUGUUAUGUGAAUGCUCCAUUACAGAGCUUGUGUUAUACACCACCUUUAAUUAACUAUUGCUAUAGUCAAGAACAUUCUCUGCACUGUAAAAAUCCAAGUACUUGUUUGAUGUGUGAGUUCAUAAGACAUGUGAGAGAGAAUUUUGAAGCAAAUCAGACCUUUUUGACACCAUCUGGAAUCUUCGCAAGAGUUAAGCAUAAGACAAUCUCACCAUUAAAACUAUUUACUAAUGGUAAACAAGAAGAUGCUCACGAAUUCUUGCGUUAUAUGAUAGAUGGAAUGCAAAAGUCUUGUUUAAAUGGGUAUAACAAAUUGGAUAGAUACAGUAAAGAAACUACUGUUAUUAAUCAGAUAUUUGGUGGAUUUUUACGCAGUCAAGUGCUGUGUACGAGGUGCAAGAAUAGAUCUAAUACUUAUGACCCUUUUAUGGACCUGUCUUUGGAUCUAAGGAACAACACUAGUGUUGAUAAAUGUUUGGAGAAAUUCUUCUUGCCUGAGUAUCUGGAAGGGGACAAUGCCUAUAUGUGUCCAGUUUGCCAACAGAAAGUUAGAGCUCAGAAAAGAUUUACUAUUCAAAAAGCACCUAAUGUUCUUACUAUACAUCUUAAGAGAUUUGACUUUGAUAGGAUGUGUAAAGUAACGAGACAUAUUGACUUUGAAAAGAAGAUUAACAUUCGUCCAUACAUGAGCUUCAGACAGGGAGAACCUGUACUCUAUGAUCUAUACAGUAUUAUUGUACAUGCUGGAGGUAAUAUGAAUGGUGGACAUUAUUUCUCCUAUAACAAGGCACCUAAUAUGAUCUGGUACAAGAUGAAUGACGAUAUGGUA